CUUGGCAACAAUUGCAAAUUACUCACUGAACACUCAAUAACAUUCAAUACAGUAAUUUAUAUGUGUGAAACCCUUUCACACCAGACAAAUUUUGUAACCAAGUCGACAUAAAUUAGCAUCGGAAAAGCAUACUUACCACAUAGUGUACAUAUAUAUAUAUAUAGAAUCAUUUCAAAGAAGAAUGAAAACAACUUUAAAUCAUUUUCAUUGUCAUAAUAAAACAAAGAAAUGGAUAUUUCAUUUCAUAUCAUUUAUAUUAUGUUUGACUUUACUCUUAUAUCGAACAUUUGAAUGGUUAAAAGCUUAUCAUUUAUUCAAUGAUCAUUAUCAUAUCAAUGAAUUAAUUGACUAUUUCCAAAAUUCACAUUUAAACAAACAGAAUAUGAAUCAUGAAGAGCAUCAUCAACCCCAUCAUGACUAUCAUCAUCAUCACCAACAUCAUCAUCAUCAUUAUCAUAAGGAUAUUAUAACAACUAAUGAUACAACAUUAAUGGAACCAAAUGUAAUCAUUAUUCUGUGUAAUAUUAAUCCAAUAAGAUUAUCUGCUUUAUUUUCAUUAUAUAAUGGAAGUGAUAUUUAUACUUAUUUAAUUAAAAAAUAUGGUAAAAUUGAUAUAAUCAAUCUAUUAAAUGAUACAUAUUUAACAUCGGAACAAAUGAAACUUAUGGCACAUCCAAUUUCUUCAACAUUAAAAAGUUGUCAGUAUGGUGAUGAUCAAUGUACGAUGAAUGAUUUUAUUUCGAUAUUUACAAUACAUGGAUGGUGUUAUCAAUUCCAUUUGAAUAUUUCCAGAACUGCUGAACUGAAACUUAUAUUGGAUCCACAAGAAUAUGAUUAUAUAAUACCAAAUAAAGGUUAUGUAGGAUUUUAUUUAACUGUACAAAAUAAAAAUUGUUCACCUAGACAACAGUUUAAUAUUCAUAAUAAUAAUAAUCAAUAUGAUCAGUCAAUUAUUGUUGGACCAAAGUUUCAUUCUUAUAUUAAUGUACAACAACAGUAUCUUAUCAGAAGUGGAAAUCACUUGGGAACAAAGAGCAAAGAUAUUUGCCCAGCAUAUAAUAUACAAUCCGUUGUACAACUAGAAAAGCUUCCAAUCCAAAUCCAUUUAUUACAGAAAUUCAAUGCGAAUUUAUUCAAACGAAAUAGUACAGUAGUUCAAUAUGGUAUUCUAUUACAACAGAAAGCCUUCUUACAAAUAUAUAAUUAUACAGCUUAUCAAUUAAUUAAAGAUUUAUCUAAUGAAUUAUAUAAAGCUAAAUAUUUAACCCAAUUUACUAUAGAAUCUAUAUGGAAAAUAUAUAAACAAUUAAAACAAAUGAAGUCAAUACAUACUACUACUACUAGUACUAUUAAUACUACUUAUAAUGAUUAUAAUGAUCAUUAUUAUUGUUAUACUAAAGUAUACAAUCUAUUCACUUCAAUUAGUAAAGAUAUUUUAUUAAGUCAUACAUUAUCAAUGAUCGAAAAUGAUCCAAAUGAUACCAAUGAUCUAAAGGAUCAAAAUGAUCUUAUUACUGAUCAACAAAAAAAUCAAUAUUUAAUAAUCAAUAAUUCUACAUUAGAUCAAAUUGAAUUACAAUUAAUUAAUAAUUUUUUUAAAACAAAAAUUAUUAUUUCACCAAAUUCUUCAUUAUUACGUAAAAUUUUAACUGUAGUUAUGAAGUUUCGUUAUCUUCUAUCAAAUUAUACCGAUCCAUCUAUAUUAUAUAACAAGAAUAUAACAUCCUUUCCAUAUACUGAGAAUCAUCAAUUCAGAUCUAAAUUUACGAUCAUGAAUUGUAGUCAAUUAUUUUUAUAUUAUGAAGAACAAAUGAAUCAUAUUGGUAAAUUAGCUAGUGGUGCAUUAACAAGAUUAGAUCAUGUUAAUAUAGAAUUACAUAAUUUAAUGGAUAAUAAUCAUUUAAUACGUUUAAUAUUUCCAAAAACUAUUUAUCCUUAUCAUGAAUUGUCUAUAUCAAGUAUGGUCAGUUUAAGUAUCAGAUUGUCUAAAUUGAAUGUUCCAACAGUGUAUGAAAGUUCAACAUUCCCUGUAGAUAUUUACUUAAAAAAUUUACUACUUACAAUCUUUAUAAGUAUAUUCACUUUAUAUUUAACUUUAUUUACCAUCAUAGAAUUUUGUUCAGUUAAACAAACUACUACAAUAACCAAUCAUCAACUUUGUUUAAAAUGUCAAUCAACCAAUCAGAAUCAAUAUCAUGAUCACCAUCGUCAUCACCAUCAUCAUGAUUCAUGUGAUCUGUUGCGAACACAACAAUAUAACCAGUUGACUUCAUUUGAAAUACUGCCGCCAAAUAAUAAUAAUAAUAGUAAUAACAGCAGUAAUACUAAUGAUUGUUAUUAUCAGAGAUGUACACAGAACUAUUCUGAUAGCAACCGAAAGAAUCUUACUUACUCAAAAUAUGGUAACUACGAUCUAGAUGAGGCUUUCAGUGUUACUAAUAAUAGUAAUACAUUGAAUUCAUUUAUCACUCAUAAACUAGAUCAACAUUACACAUAUGAUCCAAGAUCAUUAUUGAAUACAUCAAAUGUGAUGUAUAAAUGUGAUAAUUUAUGUCGUACCAAAGCAUAUUUACAUGAUAAUAUUGAUGAGAAUCAAAAUGAUGAUAGAAGGACAACAUAUGUACAAAGUUUAUCUUUACCAAGAAUUGAAACAUUGAAUGAUGAAAACAACAGUAAAACAAUUCGUGUCACACCAAAACUAGUUCAUACACCAUAUUCUACAUCAUCAUCUAAGUAUAAUUUACAUUCACCCCAUAUUGGAUGGAAUGUUAUUAAUCAAAUUCAAUAAUGAAUUUUAUCAAUAUAAAUGACAUUUGAUUAUUUAUAAACUCAGGCUAUUGAAAUUAGUAACUUGUCUUCUUACUGGUUGUACCUUAUUGGAAUUAAGUAGUAUAUAUAUAUAUGUAUACCUACUGUACAUACAUUGAUGCAUUUAUAAAGAAAGAAUCAAUCAUUCUGAUAUUGAAACAACAAACAGUAAUCAACAAAAAAAAUUUCAGUGAUUAUUAUUAUUAUUAUUAUAACAAUUAAUGAGUAUGUUUUAAUCCAUUUUAAGAACCUUCAUCAAACUUGCAGGAUUCCAUGUGAGGGC